UUUAAAAUGAGUAAACCGUACUCUUCGGUGCAACUCUUUAUUUAUUGUUUGUGCUUUGGAAAGUAACACAUUAAUUUUGUGCGAAUAUAUAUUUUUAAUAUAGAACAAUAUCAGUAUUCGUGUUAUAUUUUACAAAAUUUUGUUGCGAUUUUAUAGGUUUUUUUUAAUUUAACAAAACAAAUUUUUAGAAAAUGUCGAAAGAGCAGGCAGAGGAACAAAUGAGAACGUCUCUUACAGAGCAUAAUGGUGAAAUAAUUCAGCAAAAACGGGUGGCGCUGAUAACGGGCAUUACAGGCCAAGACGGUUCAUAUUUAGCAGAGUUUCUGUUAAAAAAGGGCUAUGAAGUGCAUGGCAUUAUCAGGCGUGCCAGUACUUUUAAUACUUCACGCAUUGAGCAUUUGUAUGUCGACCGUAAAGCUCACACAGGUGGCCAUAUGAAACUUCACUACGGCGAUAUGACUGACAGCAGCAGUUUGGUGAAGAUAAUUAGCACUGUAAAACCUCAAGAAAUUUAUAAUCUUGCGGCACAAUCGCAUGUGAAAGUUUCUUUUGAUUUGAGUGAGUAUACAGCCGAAGUAGAUGCCGUGGGUACAUUAAGAAUUCUCGAUGCUGUGCGUACAUGUGAUAUGGAGAAAAGUGUAAAAUUCUAUCAAGCAUCCACUUCGGCUGUAUACUCACUCAAAUCAAAAAAAAAAAAAAAAAAAAAAAAACCAUUUUAUCCAAGAUCGCCAUAUGCUUGUGCUAAAAUGUACGGCUUCUGGAUUGUUGUCAAUUACCGAGAGGCUUACAACAUGUUUGCUUGCAAUGGAAUUUUGUUUAAUCACGAAUCGCCGCGACGUGGUGAAAAUUUUGUGACCCGCAAAAUUACUCGUUCCGUAGCCAAGAUUUAUUUGAAUCAAUUGGAAUGUUUUGAGUUGGGCAAUCUCGACUCAAAACGUGAUUGGGGUCAUGCCAUGGAUUAUGUAGAAGCCAUGUGGAUGAUGUUGCAACGUGACACACCUUCCGAUUAUGUGAUUGCUACGGGUGAGGUGCAUAGUGUACGUGAAUUCGUGGAGACCGCCUUCCGCUAUAUAGGCCGGCAGAUUAUAUGGAAGGGUGAGGGGACCGACGAAGUUGGCGUUGAACAGGAUACUGGCAUAACUAGAGUUCGUAUUAAUGUCAAAUAUUUUCGGCCUACUGAAGUGGAUUUUUUGUUGGGCGAUGCUUCAAAAGCUAAACGUGAACUGAAUUGGUCACCUAAGGUAACGUUUCACGAACUUGUCAAUGACAUGAUGUCGGCUGAUAUAGAAUUAAUGAAGAAGAAUCCAAUAGCGUAAGCGAACUUGCAAUUGUCAAUGGCAAUUUAUUGUACGAUCAAAGCACAAAUAUGCAACUUUUUAUGCUGAUAACUACUGUAGCAUUCCCUUACAUGGUCAAUAGUAUUUGGGGCGCCUUGGCAAAAUGUCCGGCAGGGCUGCUCUUGCGAUUAAAGUGCAAAAUUACUGUGGUAAAGCCCCUCAUUCUUUAGUUAUAAGUAAUGUAACUAAACGUACAUGUACGUAGAACAUAUUUACAUAAGAAAAAUGUGCAUUCUAGCUAUAAUAUAAUAUUAAAAUAUUAUUCUCUGUCUUGCAACAUUCAUGGCAAGAAUAAUGAACAUAUUAAUACUUUUGCUGCUAAUUAUACGUACGAAAAACAUAUGUAAACAAAACCACAGGGAACCGUAAGAACUUGGUUUCCCAUCGAGAAAAUGAUUUGAAGAGCGAAUUUUUAUAUCAAAAUAACUGCAAAAGAACCCAAUGGUCCGAUGGAGAUCGGAACAAGUGUACUUCCUGUAUAUAUCCUUUAUACAUUACAGUUGCUGCACGACAAUUGUUUUUUAUAAGAACAAGAAUAAUCCAUAAAACAUCUUUACUUUUGAAAAUUGGUCAAAUCAGAUCUUCAUUAAAGUAACUGGUAAAGUUGACUAAUUUGGGCUAUUUUAACGUAAUUUUCGUUCAGUUCACUCAACUAACCAUUUUACUUUUCUGAUUAGAGUUAAAUGAGUUAAUCUUGUUCGUGUGCUAUUACCAAACUUUUAUGGUAAUUCAUAACCACUUUGAGAUGGGUCAGAUUCAAUGGUUUGUCAUUAUUGACCUUUGAUUCUUGGCGACAGCGUGGAUCAAAGUUACCAAUACGAAAUUUGGCAACCCAAAACCGCUGCGUAGUUGCAUUAGAAUUAAAUAUACUAUUUAUGUUUCGCGCGGCCUGCGAUCUCGUAAUUCGAUGUAAGAACUCAUGCUUCAUGACAGUACGAAUUUCCGACCGAUCCAUUAUCAAAAAAAAUAGUCUUUAAAAAAAGGGAAUAUUUUUUUACAGCUUGCAAUAAUUUACCCAUACAGAUCACAUUUGUAACUUCGUCGCAACAAAAACGGUACGGUAAAGUAUUAAGUCAUCGCCAACUAACAAUUUGUCUAAAUUGGCAAAGUUUUAAACUACAAGUUCCUCCUCGCCAAUCAAUGGACACCAAGAGACUAUCACACAUUCACGCAUAAACUUUGAAAGUUGUUCAUAUUUUUCGUAACCUUCACUGACUUCGGCAAAUCAUACGUCUUUUAUCUACAUAAACAAAAACACGCACAGUGUAUGCUACGAAGAGCAUAGGAGAAAGUUGCCCUAAAGAAUUUUUAUAAUAUGUAAAUGAUGUAAGUGGAAGUGUAGUGUAUGUGAGCGUGUAGGGUGUAAUCUUACUUCGCCAGCCAGAACCACCCAACAAUUUAGUUAACUGGCAUUUGAAUAACUAAAAUAAACAAUAUGAAUGUUUACAAAAGAAAUCAGAUAAUUAUUGAUUAUUUUCCAAGUUA